UUUGGUUGCAAUUUUCUGUUCUGUUGCCCGCUCUUUUAAAAAAGCUAUUAUACGCUCUAUAACGAAACCCACAGCGACAAUGAGCGAUUCAGAGAUUACGCAAAAGCUCGAGAAGACCAAAAUCGACGACCAGGAGCCCACUAAUGACGAGGAUGCUUUUGAUCUGUCGUCAAUGAAGAAAAAGAAGAAGAAGGGAAAGAAGGCCCUUGGCUUUGAUGAGCUCGCCGAGAACGAGGCGUCGACCAGUGCCGCUACCGGAGAGGACGGCGAGGACGGCGAGGACGCCUUUGCUGACCUGAAGAAGAAGAAAAAGAAGUCGAAGAAGGUGACAUUCGACGAUGCCGACGAGGACGAGGGCGAGCCUGCUGACGCAGACAUGUUCGACCUGUCGUCGAUGAAGAAGAAGAAGAAGAAGUCGAAGAAGAACCUGGCUGCGUUCGAGGCCGAGCUCGGCGACGACGCCGACGAUGCCGAGAGCGCGUCGACAACCAAGGCUGGCGAGCCGUGGCUGGGCACAGACCGCGACUACACGUACGAGGAGCUGCUGACGCGGUUCUACCAGGUGCUGCGCGAGAACAACCCCGAUCUGGCCGGCGAGAAGCGCAAGUAUACCAUUGUGCCGCCGCAGGUCGUGCGCGACGGCAACAAGCGCAGUGUGUUUGCCAACCUCAACGAUAUCUGCAAGCGCAUGCAUCGUCCGCCUGAGCACGUGAUCCAGUUCCUGUUCGCUGAGCUGGGUACCUCCGGCUCCAUCGACGGCUCGGGCCGCCUGGUCAUCAAGGGUCGCUUCCAGCAGAAGCAGAUCGAGAACGUGCUGCGCCGGUACAUUGUCGAGUACGUUACAUGCAAGACCUGCAAGAGCGGCGAGACUGUGCUGACAAAAGAGGGUCGUCUCUACUUUAUCCAGUGCGAGUCGUGUGGAUCCACCCGUACAGUCGCCCCCAUCAAGGCUGGUUUCCAGGCCACCACCUCGCGGCGUGCCGCCCGUGCCGCUGCUGCCGCUGCUGGCGGGUCUUAAAAACGCAAAAGAUGGGCCAUUGCGGAUUCCAGAUCGCCCCCUCAUGGCUGUGCUUGCACCAGAUCGCGUGUGGAGUAGAUCUCAUCGGUUCUUUUGCCUGUGUUUUCGUUUCAAAAGACAUCUUAAAGACUG